AGCAGCCUGCCAGGCACCGGAGCCCAAAUGAAGCCCCGAGCCUCUGCCCGCGCCUGUGCCAUCGUGCUGGUCCUGCUGCCGCUGCUGGCUGUCCUCCAGACCACCUGUGCCCAAAAGAAUGCCAUCGACAUCUACAGCCUCACUGUGGACUCCAGGGUCUCCUCCCGGUUUGCCCACACGGUCAUCACCAGCAGGGUGGUCAACAGAGCAGAUUCCAUACAGGAGGCCACCUUCCAGAUGGAGCUGCCCAAGAAAGCCUUCAUCACCAACUUCUCCAUGAUCAUCGACGGUGUGACGUACCCAGGGAACAUCAAGCAGAAGGAUGCAGCCCAGGAGCAGUACAGCGCGGCCGUGGCCAGGGGGGAGAGCGCUGGCCUCGUCAAGGCCACUGGGAGAAAGAUGGAGCAGUUCCAGGUAUCGGUCAGCGUGGCUCCCUCUGCCAAGGUCACCUUCGAGCUGGUGUACGAGGAGUUGCUCAAGCGGCGUCUGGGAGUGUAUGAGCUGCUGCUGAAAGUCCAGCCCCAGCAGCUGGUCAAGCACCUGCAGAUGGACAUUCACAUCUUUGAGCCUCAGGGCAUCAGCUUUCUGGAGACAGAGAGCACCUUCAUGACCAAUGAGCUUGCAGACGCCCUCACCGUCUCACAGAACCAGACCAAGGCUCACAUCCGAUUCAAGCCGACUCUGUCCCAGCAACAGAAGUCUGCGGAGCAACAGGACACGGUCGUGGAUGGCGACUUCAUCGUCCGCUAUGAUGUGAACCGCACCCUCUCUGGAGGCUCCAUUCAGAUCGAGAAUGGCUACUUUGUGCACUACUUUGCCCCCGAGGGUCUGUCCAUGAUACCCAAGAAUGUGAUCUUCGUCAUCGACACGAGUGGCUCCAUGAUGGGCAAGAAAAUCCGGCAGACUCGGGAAGCCCUCAUCAAGAUCCUAGAGGACCUCAGGCCCGAAGACCACUUCAACCUCAUUAGCUUCAGCGGGGAAGCAACCCAGUGGAAGCCAUCGCUGGUGCCAGCUUCGACCCAGAACGUGGAGGAGGCCAAGAAAUACGCUAACAGCAUCAAGGCCCAGGGAGGAACCAAUAUCAACGAUGCGAUGCUGAUGGCCGUGCAGCUGCUGGAGACAGCCACCCGGGAGGAGCAGCUGCCCUCAGGGAGCGUGUCCCUUCUCCUCCUCCUCACUGAUGGCGACCCCACUGUGGGCGAGACCAACCCCACGGUGAUCCAGAAGAAUGUGCAGGAGGCCAUAGGCGGUCAGCACAGCCUCUUCUGCCUGGGCUUUGGCUUUGACGUCAGCUACGCCUUCCUGGAGAAGCUGGCGCUGGACAACGGCGGCCUGGCUCGGCGCAUCUACGAGGACUCGGACUCCGCCCUGCAGCUGCAGGACUUCUACCAGGAGGUGGCCAACCCCCUGCUGACCGCAGUGACCUUCGAGUACCCAGGCAAUGCCGUGGAGGAGGUCACGCAGGACAGCUUCCGGCUGUUCUUCAAGGGCUCCGAGAUGGUGGUGGCCGGGAAGCUCCGGGCCCAGAGCCCUGAGGUGCUCUCCGCCAAAGUCAGCGGGCAGCUGCCCACGGAGAACAUCACCUUCCAAAUGGAGUCCCAGGUGGCAAAGCAGGAAGAGGAGUUCCGACAGCCCAAGUACAUCUUCCACGGCUUCAUGGAGAGACUCUGGGCGUACCUGACCAUCCACCAACUGCUGGAGCGAAUGGUUUCUGCGUCCGAAGCUGAGAAGCAGGCCCUGGAGACCCAAGCUCUGGGCUUGUCGCUCAACUAUAGCUUUGUCACCCCCCUCACGUCCAUGGUGGUCACCAAACCGGAAGGCCAAGACCAGUCUCAAGUUGCUGAGAAGCCCGUGGAAAGUGAAAAGGUUCCCUCAGGUCGCACUGUCUUCAGACAUGGAGCCAUGGGACACAUAAGGCCCAGAAAACCAAGUAGAAAAGCAGAUGGUCCUAUUACAGUGCUUGAUUACGUGGACGAAACAAUGGAAGAAACAAGCCCUACAGCCGCACCACCAGCCCCCAUCCAGGCUCCCACCGUCAUCCUGCCUCUGCCUGGGCAGAGCGGGGACCAGCUCUGCGUGGACAUCAAGCGCACCUCGGGGCCAUUAUUAAUCCUGUUCGCAGACCCUGAGCAAGGUCUCGAGGUGACUGGGGAGUAUAAGGUGGAGAAGGCCCAGUUCUCACAGAUCGAGGUGGCUUUCAAGAAUCCCCAGCUGCAGGUCCACGUGUCCCCUGAGCACGUGGUAGUGACUCGGGGCCGAAGAAGCUCUGAGUACAAGUGGAAGGAGACGCUGUUCGUGGUGAUGCCUGGCCUCACGAUGACCAUGGACAAGGCGGGACUCCUGCUGCUCAGCAGCCCAGACAAAGUGACCAUCGGCCUGCUGUCCUGGGACGGCCCUGGGCAGGGGCUUCGGCUGCUUCUGCGGGACACUGACCGCUUCUCCAGGCACGUCGACGGGAUCCUUGGCCGCUUUUACCGGGGCGUGCUCUGGGGGCCCCCAGAUGCCACAGAUGAAAGCAAGCGAACACUGAGGGCUCAUGGGUUUGACUUCAAUGCCACCAGAAAGCUCAAGCUGGAUUACCAAGAGGGGACCCCAGGAACAGAGAUUUCCUGCUGGUCUGUUGAGCUAUAG